UCAUUUAUUUAUGUUUGAUUCAUCUGCGUCGUUAUAGGCUACAAGUAGAAAACUGCAUUACCCAUAAACACCUGCCACAGCACUGCAAGUGGAUUUCUGCACAAACUGCGUCUAAACACUCCUUUAGUAUUUAGGGUAAAUUCCUCAUAUUCCCGCGCUACCUCCGAUUAGCACAUAAACUAACAAACGGAGACUUCUUUGAGGUUGUGUUUGUUCUUUAUUCUCAGACUGACAGAUGGCGUGAAGCAGAUGGGCGAAAAAUAGGGCACGAAAUAACCAUAAGACAAACGAGUUUGUAAAACAGGCUUUAUUACAGCUUUGAACACCGAGGAAUGAUGGUGGAUAACCGACACGCCACGGCUCUGGUCAUCGCCGGUGUUUUAAGCGUCCUGGCGUCCGUGUAUCUCUCAGUAUCGGUGGGUUCGCCGCACUGGUACCGUUACACGAGCCCUCCGGUGCGCGCGGAGUCCAACGCCACGGAACUGCGCGCGCUGCAGGACGAGUUUCUGGACAGGGAAUUUGAUGAGAAAACCGCGAGCGACGCGAUGUUCCGCAUGAACGGGACGAUCGGGCUGUGGUGGCGAUGCGUUCAGACGCCCACUGAUGCGCACUGGUACAAAGAAGCAGAUCCAAAGAUGCUUCUGGAGUGUGUGAGUUUUACUCCCUCCCAACAAUUGACACCAAAAUACAAAGAACCAGGAAAUCACAACAGUGGAGAAGACACAAUACGAACCUAUCUGUGGAGGUGUCAGUUUCUCCUGCCGCUGGUGUCUCUGGGUUUAGUGGUUCUGGGCGGUUUGUUGGGUUUUUGUGCGUGUUUGUGUGGCAGUUUCACUCCAGUGCUCUUCAUUGGGUUGUUGCAUCUGCUUGCAGGCUUGUGUUCUCUGGCUACCGUGUGCUGUUUCUUGGCCGGAAUGGAUCUGCUGCAUCGUGUGUCUGUGUUUCCAGAUCAUGUGGAUGCUAUGCUGGGCUGGUCGCUAUAUCUGGCACUCAUCGCAUCUCCUCUUCAAAUGAUGGCUGCAGCGCUGCUGGUGUGGGCCGCUCGCAGCCACGGUCAGACCUACUAUCGCAUGACUGCGUACAGAGUUGCUUAAAAUGUCAGAUCUUUGGAUGAACUUGCAGACGAUCGAAUAAAAUGGAUUUGAGUUUUGAUCCUUAAGCACUUGAAUCUCAAUCUAGUUCAUUUUUAUUAUGCUGCUGUGAAGAUUCUUGAACUCUGGAGAAAUCAUUCUGGUCCGAAACACAAGGAUGAGAAAAGAUGAUGUAUCUCAAUCAGUCUGUAGGCUUCUGUGAUGCAGUGUUUAACACUGGCCAUAAUAUUCAUACCUGGUUUUAGAUGGUGUGUCCAAGGUUUAAAAUAAACAUUUUUUACUCACCAGCCAAUAUGACUACUAAAUUUACUAGACAAAAAUAAACAGACUUUCUGUAUUUAUAAACUGUGUUUCAUAUCUCCUUCCUAACUCGUUUAUCCUCAUCCUUUAUACUUUUCACCAACCCUAACCCACCAAAAAUACGUUUUAGAUGGUCAAAUCAAAUCAAACUACAGUAAAAUACUAACCCUUGCGUGACACUUGAUAUUAACACUUAGGGUGUUCUUAUCUUGUGCUGCUUUGUUAUUUAGAGCGAAUUUAUUUUUACACUGGGGUUAGUUACCCCAGGCAAAUACCACACAGUAUCGUUUGCAAUGAAAAUAAGUUGCAGCAGUUAUUGUUUUUGUCACCCAAUAUUGCUUAAUUAUUAUAUUUGUAAUGCCCGUUUCACACCGCACGGGUAAGCAGCGCAUAUUUUUUCCGGCGCCCAUGUUAACAGCUGAGAGCAUUCACACCACACGGGUAAACAGCACAUGCUCGUGCAGCAGAAGCAGCUGUGCAGCGAUCAUUUCGGCACAGAGUCUACAGUGUACUCUUUACAUUCCAAAUGCAGAUGGAUUGAGAGGAAAACGUAACACGUUUUACCUUUAAAGCGUGUAAGUGGUGUGUAAUGUGUUUUAACAGCCGCCAAAAACAUUUGUCAGGAGUUUUUUUGGCCAAACCACAACAGCACAUUUAAAGGAUUUAUAAUACAAGUAUGUCUUAAAUGCUAUGCUUAUAUUGCAUAUGAAUGAGGGGGAAACGAUGGCAUUACACUGUCAGUGUACUGUCUGAAACCCACUGUCAUCAUAACCUUCUGAAAAAACAGAUAAAACUACAUAGACAUCAUGUUAUAUGCUUAUAUUGCGUAUGUGUGAGAGAAAAUCGAUCGCAUCACAAGUCAAUCACUCUCUCCUAUGGUGAGUUAACCCUUAAGUGACUUAAAUCGUAUCCUUCAAAGCACAAUGUUUUUUUAUUUAUAACUUGGAGCUACUACGUGUAUCUAAAAGAGCAUGAAUCAGGCGGAUAAAACCAAUCAAAAGUUAUACAAUCUACAUAAAAUAAGCUUUUUGAUGAAGUUAUGGAAGAUAUUUUGCUCAUUGAUGUAUUUAAAAUACCGUGUGCGUUGCAUAUGCUGCCAGUGUGAGAGAACAAAGGACACGCGCUGUAAACACUCCCAAUGCUCUGCUUACGCGUGCGGUAUGAAACGGGUUUAAGACGCUAUUAUGAUGAUUCAACAGUCGAGUAUAAUUUGUCUUGUUUUACUGAAACUUCCCCAGCAAAGUGAGUGAAGAUAAUCUAUGAAACAUAAGCGUUACCCACCACAUCUGAUUUUUACCCGCACUUGGCAGGCUGGCAUGUGUUCUUUUUAAACCCUGGGUGUGUACAUGAAAUGUCAUUUGUCAGGUUUUUUUCCAAUUAUGAAAAAACAGAAACAUAAUCUGCCUCUCCAGAAAGAUCAAAUCAAGAAAACAAGUCUAUGUUUCUUUUAUGGUGUAUUGCUCAAGUAAAUAUAGUUGUGCUGUGUUUUUACUCGCAUUGGAUCCUGGAGUCUGGAUCAGUUGUACGGUGAUCUCUAAACGCAUGCAUGUUGUCUUGGCCUUCUGAUCAAACCCAUACAUUAAAACAGAACUGAUUCGCAGAUUCUUCAGUAUGUUAUUUUCUCACCCAGUUAAGUAUAAUGUUCAUGUGAUUUAUUUUCUUAAAUGUUCUGGGACAGUUUUCAUGUUUAGACAAACUGUUGAGUUAGCACAAUGAAAUCCUAAUUCUGACAAUCAUUCUUAAUUCUGAUUGUAUGCUGUAUAUAACUCUGUGUGUGCUGUUUUUAUUACUAUUUGUUCAUUUGUAAUUUAUAUUUGAUUUUUAAUUUUAUACAUUGCAAACGUUGCUUAACAUUUGUUUAUUUUACACUGUAUAAAUGCUUUUACGCACACAGCCACACACAUAAGCUUUUUUGCACAGUAAUCUGUUUUGUGAAAAGCACAAUUUAAAUAAAUAGAAUUCUACUGUA